GCGAUUGAUCGAUAUAAAAAAAUAAUAAUUUUGAUCAGUAACAUAAAACUCAUAAAUUAUUAUAACUAUUUCCAACUUUUAAUAGGUAUCAUUAACGGUAUCAAGAGAACGUCACUCACUGCAAACGCUUUUGGUAACAAAUUGUAACUUUUUUUAAUUUGUAUACUGCCGUCACGUUUGACGGGCGGACGGAUUGGAGAACGAGACGAGACGAACCGCCACCCACAGAUCUCGUUUUGUGCGGACACAUCACAUUCGUUCUUCUUCUAAUGAAAAGAAUAAGGCAGAAUUUGUAAAUUGCAAUGCAAAUUCCAGUGUCUAUUUAUAUUACGUUUUUCCAUAAACUUAUGUAAAUGAUUAUAUUCAGAGAGUCCAUUUAAAUUUACGGGAUUAAUGUGUUAUCUGAAGAUAAUAUUUCUGCUGUAAUCUUUGCCUGUAACUUUUCUUGUCGGAUAACUUAUUCCGCGUUUAAUGACUGCUAGCACAAGCUGACACAAAAUGAUUUCCUUAAGUAUUUUGAAGCAAUCGACUAUCAUACACUUAUGUUUCGCUAUAUCCUACUUCACAUCUGGUUUGAUUUUAAGUUUGAUACAAGGCAUUUUAUACUUUGGACUGAAGCCAUUCGAUAAAACAUUGUACAGGAAGAUUAACUACUAUCUUUCAUAUUCCUUUUACUGUCAAUUAGUAUUCAUGUCAGAAUGGUGGUCAGGUACGAAAUUGUGUAUCUAUGUUAAAAAGGAUGAAUAUGAGAAAUUCUAUGGCAAAGAGCAUGGCUAUCUACUCAUGAACCAUAGCUACGAGAUAGACUGGCUCAUGGGCUGGCACUUUUGUGACGGCAUCCAAGUUCUUGGGAACUGCAAAGCGUACGCAAAGAAAUCAAUUCAGUACCUGCCGCCUAUAGGAUGGAUGUGGAAAUUUUCUGAGUUUGUAUUUUUAGAGAGGUCUUUCGAAAAGGAUAAGGAAAUAAUUAAGAAGCAGAUAUCAGAAAUAUGUGACUAUCCGGAUCCUGUCUGGCUACUACUAACGCCAGAAGGAACGCGUUUUACCCCAAAGAAACAUGAAGCUUCCUUGAAGUUUGCUAAGGAAAAGAAUCUUCCGUUAUUAAAACACCACCUUACUCCUAGGACUAGAGGGUUCACCACCAGUUUACAGUACUUUAGAGACAAAAUUCCCGCUAUAUACAAUAUACAGUUGGCAUUUGAAAAGGAUGCUAAGACUCCGCCUACUCUGACCAGCCUUCUGUUUGGUAAACCGGUGCAUGCGCAUCUCUACAUCGAACGGAUUCCUGUCAGCACGGUGCCUAAAGACGAAGCCGAAGCGUCGAAGUGGCUGCAUGACAUCUUCGUGGUUAAGGAUAAAAUGCAAGACUCGUUCCUGAACACGGGUGACUUUUUCUCUCAGUCGGGAGUGGAGAGAGUGGAGCCGUUCUACGUGCCGCCCAGAAUCUACUCGCUGCUGAACACUCUGGGGUGGGCAGUGGUCACUCUGACGCCCAUGCUGCACUACCUGCUCGGUCUACUACUCAGUGGAAAGCUGCUCUACUUCUCGUUUGGCUGCGUCAUUUUAGCUGCCUUCUACUUCCUCCUGCAGAAGUCCAUCGGAAUGUCAAAGAUCAGUCAAGGCUCUUCAUAUGGGACUGAGAACAAAAAAUAAUAUUUGUAUUUGUUACAGUAUUUAUGUGUAAUGUAUGUAUAGCUUCUAACACAACAAAAUAAGUUCUUUGUACGAAUCAUGUUUAUGUUAUGUUAAUCAGUGUUAUUUGGAAGACAGGUACUUGAAAGGGACAUAUAUUUUUCAUAGUGUUUUGAUAAAUAUAGAAGUAAUUAUUCCUUUGGUUUGUGUAAAGUGUUGUGGGCGUUCAAAGCGUGAUAAAUUAAAGCCAGACCAGAAAAAAUAUAAUGUGGUCGCUACAAUUGUGUCAUUGGAUUGUUUUGACAUGUGGCCGUCUAUCGGAGUUUUGGUCUGCCUUUGAAAAAUAUGAAACGAAAUAGGAUAUUAUUAUUGUUCUGCAAAUGGUUUUGACAAAAUUACUGUUACCAAGUAAGCAAAUUAUACAAGAUCUAAUUUGUGAUAGAUUGAUAUACCGUUUUGUGUAGUUAAUUUAUUGUUCUCUAGUGUAAGAGAGGUUUUUUUAUUAUUGUAAAUUGUAGUAAUCUGCGUGAAGAUAUUAUACUUGAAGACCAGGAAAUAUAAUAUUUAUUUAUUUCUUUGCAAAAUUGUGUUCUGCUAAAGGAUAAUAUAUCACACUCAUCUGUAUAUAUUCUUUAUGGGUACUUAUUUGUACCAAAAUGUUAAAAUAUACAGAAUAAAAUGUGGUUAUUUGGUCCUUAAGACUUUGUAUGAACACGUUUUAUUUGUUAUUUAUUAAUUUACAAAAUUAUAAAUAUAUUCUAUUUGAUUUGUAAAAAUCCACACAGAUGUAAAGCAAACUUUCAAAAGUGUAAUGUUAUCUAAAAAAGUUAACUAGCACAAAUUCAAAACAGAAUUGCCAAUAUCACUCCAUCGCUCAAUCUUUCUGUAGCACAAACAUAUUUUAACUGUAUUAUUUAGGUAUUUGUUGAAGAUUGAUUGAAAUUCAACUGCACUAUCCAUACUCAAUACUAAUUUUCUUUGCAUUUAAAAUAUAUAUUCUCUCGUAAUAAAUGAGAAAUGAAGAUGCAAAGCAUUUACUUUAAAGGUGGUGGGUAUGAGCUAAUGUAACUAGCCUGCUGAAUAGAUUCGAGAAAUACUCAGAUAUCAACGAAGAUGUGAUUUCGAAAUAUUAUAGAGAAGGCACAAAACUUAUUUUUAUUUUGUGUGCAAUGAUUCAUAUUUUUUAAGACUAAUGCUAAAUUUUAAGAAUAUUUUAUGUAACGAAGCAAGUUUUGAAAUUAUUUUAUAAGGUGACUAAAAUCAGGACAAUUUCCCCAACAUAGAGAAAAAUAAGAAAUUUUCUUUUUACUUUAAAAUGUGCCAAUGCAAUCGUCCACCAUUUUUGUAAAACUUAUUCCAUAACAAGUCUAAGGCUCUAUACAUUAUAGUCUAAAAGCAUAAUUCAGAAAGCGCUCAUGUAUUUUUGCUUGUUUAAUUAAAUUAGUAGAAACAGAGCUAAAAUUGUCGGAAGAAAAUUAUUUGUAAAGCGUCCUGUAGAUACGUACAUUUGUUGAAACUCAUUUUAUAGCUCUUUCCGGACUGUACAGACAGUGACUUGUGAAUAAAUCAUUGUAUGUACACCAAGUCUUUUAUCUUACAGUAUUUUUAAACAAUAUAAUCUAUACACUGCAAGUACAACUACAUUUGUUUUCUAAAUUCUUUACAAAUAUAGUUUUGAUAUGUCCAUUGUACUUUGAUUGACGAUGUGAAACAAGUUAAUUGUUUGAAAUACCUAUGUAUAGGUACGCUGUUGCCACAAUUUAUUGAUUAGGACUCGAUUGUUGUUCUGGAAUAGAUAUUUUAACUUUGUAUGUCUUUUAAAUAUAAAUAAUUUGUAACUUGUAAUAUUUCUGUAGGAAAUUGGUAAUGUUGUAAAACAUUAUGUUACAGACUCCGAAAUGCCCUUGGCAUGAAUGUAAACACCAACAAUAAACUAUGUUCUCCAAAAA